AUGGAGUUCCCGUUCGAUGUGGACACCUUGUUCCCGGAGCCGAUUACCGUACUGGACCAACACCUGCGUACUCCGGCCCGUCGAACCGGAACCACAACCUCGGCUCGUGUUAAUCUCCAGCAGCAAAUUAUGACUAUUGUGGAUGAACUGGGAAAGGCAUCAGCCAAGGCGCAGCAUCUUACUGGUCCCAUCACCAGUGCUUCAAGAAUGCAGAGUAACCGACAUGUUAUGUAUGUGCUCAAGGACACCUCAGCCCGCCCGGCUGGAAAAGGAGCUAUUAUUGGCUUUCUGAAAGUUGGAUAUAAGAAACUAUUUGUACUGGAUGAUCGUGGGGCUCAUAAUGAGGUAGAGCCACUUUGCAUACUGGACUUUUAUAUCCAUGAAUCACUGCAACGCCACGGCCAUGGGCUGAAACUUUUUCAGUAUAUGUUAGAGAAGGAAAGGGUUGAACCACACCAACUGGCUAUUGAUCGGCCCUCAGAGAAGCUGUUGCAAUUCUUGAAUAAACACUACAACCUGGAGACCACAGUACCACAGGUGAACAACUUUGUGAUCUUUGAAGGCUUUUUCGCCCACCAACACCGGCCCCCUGCUUCCUCCCUGAGGGCGACUCGAUGCUCUCGUGCUGCCUUGGUCGAUAACACACCCAAUGCUCCAGCCAGAAAACUGCUCCCUAAGAAAGCAGAAGGAGAGAUUAAACCAUAUUCUUCUAGUGAUCGAGAAUUUUUGAAGGUGGCUGUAGAGCCUCCAUGGCCCUUGAACAGGGCCCCCCGUCGUGCUACGGCCCCAGCCCGACCACCCCCACGGUCCAGCAGCCUGGGCAAUUCUCCAGAUCGGGGCCCCCUCCGUCCCUUUGUGCCAGAGCAAGAGCUGCUACGGUCUCUUCGACUUUGCCCCCCACACCCUACUGCCCGCCUCCUACUUGCAACUGACCCUGGAGGCAGCCCAGCCCAACGAAGGCGUACCAGGGAAGGAACCCCAGGAUUGGUGGCCCAGAAUUGCAGCUACAGUCGAUAUGGGGAGCCAUCCUCAGCUCCCAAAACAGGCAACCAAGAACAGAGGAAGAGGGGACAGGAAACAGAGAGUAGGUGUACCAACAGGGGGCAGCAGGUUGUGUCAGGGAAGCCAGAUGGGGAGGGGCCUGGGUCCUCCACUUCUCCACAGGCCCAGCAACCCCCCGUUCCAUUCUGGAGACUGGGGGAGCCCAUGGUCAACGCAAAGUUCAUUCGAUACCUGUACGAGAACCGAAACACCAGGCCAUGGUGACCAGGAACCCCCGGCUCAUCCUUCCAGGGCUAAGCUCCAAGACUGGAAAUACCCCCAUGGAGAAAUACAGAGCCCCAGCC